UUGUGGAAGUGGCUGUUGAGGAAGCGGAACCCGGAGAAUCGAGGGCAGCUCGGCGCCUCCCCUUCCCUCCCCCGUCGCGGGGCAGCAGAAAAAGUUCCUGCAAAACGGCUUGAGUUUACAAGGUAAUGGGCUCGGAGAACAGCGCUUUAAAGCGUGAUGCACUGGAAGAGCCUCCAUUUACAUUACCCUCUGGAGUUGAUAUUUAUCCAGCAGUUCUGCAACGUGGCAAACUUGCUUCAGUCUUUGUGUACAAGAGAGAGAAUGAAGAUAAUGUUAACAAAGCUGCCAAGCACCUGAAAACUUUACGCCACCCUUGCCUCCUGCGCUUCCUUUCUUGUACUGUGGAAACAGAUGGAAUCCAUCUGGUUACAGAGCGUGUGCAACCACUGGAGAAGGUCCUGGAGACCCUCUCAUCUUCAGAGAUAUGUGCUGGAAUCUAUGAUGUUCUACAAGCUCUCGUGUUCCUCCAUGAUAGGGGAAACCUAACGCACAACAAUGUGUGUCUAUCUUCUGUAUUUGUGAGUGAGGAUGGACACUGGAAACUAGGAGGCAUGGAAACGGUCUGCAACCAGAAUGAAUCUACAGCAGAGUUUCUACAUAGUAUCGAGUCAAUCCGAGAGAAGACAGGCAUUCCACCUGAAGAACUGUCUGCAGACUUCCGAAUUCUCCCUGAGGGCCAAGGACAUUCCCGGGAUGCCUAUUCAUUUGGUAUAAUGGUUGAAAAUCUACUGACUUUUUUGAAUGAAGAGGUUUCGGAGGAGGUUCUUUCCAGCUUUCAGCAUACCCUGCAUUCUGCUUUGCUAAACCCAGAUCUAACGUGUCGUUCCCCACUGUCCAACCUACUGUCUCAUGAAUUCUUCAGAAAUGAUUUCCUUGAAGUUGUGAGCUUUCUGAACAGCUUAACACUGAAAACGGAGGAGGAGAAAACAGAAUUUUUCAAAUUCCUGCUGGACAGAGUGGCUGGCUUGUCAGAGAAGCUGAUAGCUUUGCGGUUGGUACCUCUCUUGCUCAAUCAGCUUGUGUUUGCUGAGCCAGUGGCUGUCAAGAGUUUCCUUCCUCAUCUCCUGGGUCCAAGGAAAGUUCAAGUGGGGGAAAGCCAGAUCAAUGGCCUGCUGUCUCCAGCUGUAUUCCAAGCACAUGUCAGUCCUGUGCUCCUGAAACUGUUUGAAGUGCACGAAGAGCAUGUUCGGAUAGUGUUGCUAUCUCACUUAGAUGCCUAUGCAGAACUAUUCACUCAGAAAGAGUUGAAAAACAUCAUAUUGCCACAGGUUUUACUGGGGCUGCGGGAUACCAGUGACUCUCUGGUAGCUGCAACGCUGCAGAGCUUAGGAGUGCUAGUCUCUCUACUGGGACCUGAUGUUGUUGUGGGAGGUGACAGAACAAAGAUCUUCAAACGUUCAGCACCAAGCUUCACUAAAACUAUGGACCUUUCCCCAGAAGAUUCCCCCAAACAUGUAAUGAGCUGUGAAAGAAAGCUGAUCUAUCAGCCCCUGCAGAAUAACUCAAGUGUGUUCCUGAAGUGCCCUAACUCUGGAAAUCUGUCCUUCACCAACAGAAAUCAUGUGCCAACGCAAGAUUCUCACAUUGCCUUAAGAACAGGGGAACAAGACUCUUUGCGCUUAUACAGUGUUCCUGGUAGAUUAAAUACAUUGAGGAAUGGUAGAAGCUGCCAGCACGUAACUGAAAAGACAGCAGAGGAAUGGCCAGACUGGAGUGAGUGUGAGCCAGAGAGUAAGAAAAGUGAAGCUUUAGAUUCCAAAAUGAACGAACUUUGUGUCAACAGCAGCCCCUGUCUUGCCAAUCGUGAUGUGGCUGAGAAAUCUCAGGAUGAUGUGGCUCAUAACCCUAACUUUAAACUCUCCUCUGGAACAAGCCUCAGCGCUGUAGGGUUAAAUGACAGCACAGAGCUGCAGCUGCCUCCAAAUAUGUUUGAACUCAAGAAAGAAUUUAGGACUCUCACAUUCAAUCCCUCUCCAGAGCCCAGCAGCAACAGUGAUGAGGUCGACCACAGAAACCAGCAGAGUGAAAUCUAUCUGCCCAAGACAUCAUUUCUAGAGAGGUCUCAAAAGUCAGAAUGUGGGUUAGGAGAAGAAUUCAUGAUCCAAGUGAAGAGGAAAGAGUUGCAUGAUAUGGAGCUGGACUGGUUUGCUGACAUGGUUCCAGAUAUCAAACCAUCAGCUCUCUUGAUUCUACCAGAACUGGGGGCCCAUCCUGUCGUUCAGAGCAACCUAAACACAGUUUCCAGCACUGUGUGUGAAGCUCAGGAGGUGGAGUUUUCUUCUAAAUUUGCAGCUGCUGAAAUUACAGAGGUGGAUGCUGUUGGCUGGGAAGAAGAAGAGGAACCGAGUUGGGAAGAAGAUGCCGAUUGGUGACAACGAAGACCUUUUGCUGUGUUGGGCAGCUUCCUUCCAGUACUUCGCUCCUCGAAGUAGCAAGAACUUGCUAACUUCACAGUCAGUGCAAGCGCUUGCUUUUCUGACCUGCAAUGUUUAGCACAAAACUAGGGCCUCUUGCCCUGGGUGCUAAAACGGAGUUUAUUGGACAGAGGAGACACUGCAGAUGUGUGAUUUUAUUUUUCCACAAUUAUUAUUGUUUGUGGAAUUCUAGGAAAAAUAAAUGGAUAAUUCACUAGUUAAA